UUUUCGAGACAGGGUUUCUCUGUGUAGCUUUGCGCCUUUCCUGGAACUCGCUUUGGAGACCAGGCUGGCCUCGAACUCACAGAGAUCCGCCUGGCUCUGCCUCCCGAGUGCUGGGAUUAAAGGCGUGCGCCACCACCGCCCGGCUGCGGAGGCCAACCUUGUUUACAGAGUAAGUUUCAGGACAGCCAGGGCUACACAGAGAGACUCUUUUCUCUUUCUUUCUUUCGUUCUCUUUCUUCUUCCUCCUCCUCCCUCUUCUUUUCUCCUUCUCCUCCUCCUCCCCCUCCUUUUUUGGGGGGUUGGGGUGGGUGGAGGGGUGUGUGAGGAGACAGGGUUUCUCUGUGUAAGCCUGGCUGUCUUGGAACUCACUUUGUAGACCAGGCUCAGGCUAGCCUUGAACUCAAGAGAUCCAGCUGAGAAACCUUUUCUUGAAAAACAAAAACAGAAACAGAAGGGCAUGCUGGUGCCAUUUAAUCGAGCAGAGAGGCAGGUAGAUCUCUGCUUUCUGCUGGAUUUCUGUAAUUUCGAGGCCAGCCUGGUCUACCAAGUGAGUUCCAGUAUUGCGGGAUAGAGACCUAAAGACCACCCAGCAUGACCCAAGUCCGAAUUGAGAAUAUGUAUGAAGCUGCCGGCGAAUACCUGGAGAGAAACUGCUCACAGAGCAGCCUCAAAUGCAUUUUCAGGGAGUCUUUAAAGGCUUUUGAACACAGAAAACUACAUCCCGGGUGGUAGCUGCAGGGAGAAGUGAGACAAGCAGUUUAACUGAAGCCGAAAACAUGCAGUUAGCUGAGGCAUUUCAAGCCCUUAUUUCUAGAACAGGGUUGGGUACCUUCCCACAGUAGAAAAGGGGUGUGCGUGUCAAUUUCAGGUUAGCACAGAGGAACCUUUGCGCUGUCACUCCAGGACAGCCCGGGCCACAGAGAUCAUGUCCGCUCCAAAUGGCAAAAAGUGUAUUCAGCGCUGGGAACGUUAAGAUAGAAUCAACCAAAGGCCUUCGAACUCACAGCUGAGGAGGAAAAGCCAGCACUUUGCCUUGGAAAGUCAAAAUCCUGAAGGUGCAGCACCCUCCGGAACUCACCACUUAGUGACAGACGGCAGGGCCUAUCCCUGAGAAGCGGCGCUUUCGGGACCGGAAGUGAGCCCAAGAAGGCGGGAUUAUAGCCAGUUGGAACCGAGGCGUCCGGCGGUAAGAAGCGGUGAUUGGUCGGAUCUGAGAGAGGGGCGGGACCCGGGCAAUUCAAAAGAGAGAAGCGGGUCCCGGAGAAGGGAGGAUGAACAUUGAGGCUAAGGCUAGGCCGAGGCGACGGGAGAUGGCGGCGGCCACUUCAGGAGCUGGUCGCUGUCUAAGCAAGGUAGGGGCUAGUCGGCGCCCACCUCCAGCUCGAGUAAGGGUGGCUGUACGACUGCGGCCAUUUAUGGAUGAAGCAACAAGAGCGAACGAAGCCCCCUGUGUACGUGGCAUAGACAGCUACUCUCUUGAGGUGGCCAACUGGAGGAAAUACCAGGAGACACUCAAGUAUCAGUUCGAUGCCUUCUAUGGGGAGAAGAGCACUCAGCAGGACAUCUAUGUGGGCUCCGUACAGCCCAUCCUAAGGCACUUGCUGGAAGGGCAGAAUGCCAGCGUGCUUGCCUAUGGGCCUACUGGGGCAGGUGAGCAAGCCAGAAGAGAACUAUACAUGAGAAAGAGCUGGGAACUGAGAGGAAACUUCACAGCUUUCUCUGCUCUUUUUUUUCUAGGGAAGACACACACAAUGCUGGGCAGCCCAAAACAACCUGGAGUGAUUCCCAGAGCUCUCAUGGACCUCCUGCAGAUUACAAGGGAAGAAAGUGCAGAAGGCCGGCCAUGGGACCUUUCUGUCACUAUGUCCUAUUUAGAGAUCUACCAGGAAAAGGUGUUAGACCUCUUGGAUCCUGCAUCAGGAGACCUAGCGAUCCGAGAAGACUGUCGAGGGAACAUCCUGAUUCCCGGCCUCACGGAGAGGCACAUCACUACCUUCUCUGACUUUGAGCAGCACUUUCUCCCAGCCAGUAAAAACCGUGUGGUAGGAGCCACCCGGCUUAACCAACGCUCUUCGCGUAGCCAUGCAGUACUCCUGGUCAAGGUGGGACAGCGCGAACGGUUGGCUCCAUUUCGCCAUCGGGAAGGAAAGCUCUACCUUAUUGAUUUGGCUGGUUCUGAGGACAACCGUCGCACAGGCAACCAGGGCAUUCGGCUCAAAGAGAGUGGAGCCAUCAACACCUCCCUCUUUGUACUGGGCAAAGUGGUGGACGCACUAAACCAGGGCCUCCCUCGUAUACCGUACCGGGACAGCAAGCUCACUCGCUUAUUGCAGGACUCUCUGGGUGGCUCAGCUCACAGCAUCAUUAUUGCCAACAUUGCUCCUGAAAGACGUUUUUACCAGGAUACAGUCUCAGCGUUGAACUUCACUGCUAGGUCCAAGGAGGUGAUUAACCGGCCUUUCACCAAUGAGAGUCUGCAGCCUCAUGCCUUGGCACCUGUUAAGCUGUCUCAGAAAGAACUGUUAGGCCCGUCAGAGGCAAAGAAAGCCAAAGGCCCUGAAGAAGAAUCAACUGGGAGCCCUGAGUCUAUAGCAGCUCCAGCUUCUGCCUCCCAGAAACUAAGCCUCUUACAGAAACUAAGCAAUAUGGACCCAGCCAUGUUGGAGAACCUCCUGAGCUUGGAUCGUUUGCUGGGCUCCCAGGGGAGCCAAGGGACACCUCUACUGAAUACCCCAAAGCGAGAGCGAAUGGUACUCAUUAAGACAGUGGAGGAAAAGGACUUGGAGAUUGAGAGGCUUAAGAUGAAGCAAAAAGAAUUGGAGGCCAAGGUACUGGCCCAGGAGGUGCUGGAUCCAAAGGAGAAAGAGAACACCCUGGCAUCUCCCCAGCCCCUCCCUUCUUGUCCAGGCACAACGGCAAGGCCCCUGAAAAGGGCUGUGGUGAUGCCUCUGCAGCUAAUUCAGAAGCAGGCAGAGUCAAAGAUUCAUAUUCUGAAGAAAGGCCACAAAAGAAAGCUGGAGCCAUCACAUGUGUCCAAGCCUGUGGAAAAGGCUGAGGACUGCUGGGAGCUACAGAUUAGCCCAGAGUUACUGGCACAUGGACGCAAAAAAUUAUUGGAUCUGCUGAAUGAAGGCUCAGCCCGAGAUCUGCGCAGCCUGCAGCUCAUUGGCCAGAAGAAGGCCCAACUCAUCCUGGGCUGGAGGGAGCUCCAUGGCCCCUUCAGCAAGGUGGAGGAUCUGGAACAGGUGGAAGGCAUUUCUGGGAAGCAGGUGGAGUCUUUCCUGAAGGCGAACCUCUUGGGCUUGGCUGCCGGCCAGCACUGUGGCCCCUCCUGACUACCAGCUCUUAACACUACCUUUUCCUUUUAAAACCCUUGUAUAAUGACGUCUUCGUGUAAAUACAGUUUUUAUUCCAUG